AUGGAUCUGGUGUUGGUGCCUCCGAAAGCUCAUGGCAGCUUCUAUGAAGGUGAUUGCUACGUCCUCCUCUCGACCCGUAAAUCGGGCAGCGCCCUGUCCUAUGACAUCCACUACUGGAUUGGCAAACGUUCCUCGCUGGACGAGCAGGGCUGUGCUGCCAUAUAUACCACCCAGCUGGAUGACUACCUCGGUGGGGUUCCCGUGCAGCACCGUGAGGUGCAGGGCCACGAGUCUGAGCUCUUCAAGGGCUACUUCAAGCAAGGUCUCAUGUGAGUAAGGGGUCGUCAUGGGAAUGGCAACAUCUCG